ACUUUUCUUAAAAUCAAGAAAGCGUAAUGUAAUUUGUGGUAAUAUGUACUCUAUUUAACAUAAUUCAAACUUGAUUUAACGAAAUUGAUAAAAUUAACAAAAUGGAUUCAACCAUCCGAAUGUGUCGACUUUGCCUGGAGUACGAAAAACCAUCGGUAACAUCCAUGCAAGAUAAAAAAUUCCGUGCCAGAUUGACUACAGUUUCCAACUUUUUGUUCGAGGAAAAUGAACAACUUCCCUCCGCGGUGUGUUCGGAAUGUUCCAAAAGAGUCAACCAGUUUUACACAUUCAUGGAAACCGUUCGAUGCAACCAAGAACAGCUUCAACUAUCGCUUCCACCCACUCAGGUGAAGAAUGAGAUAUUCCUGGAAUCGUCAUACGAGGAGUUCGAAUCUCCAGUGAAAAAGGAAGAACAGUCACCCGAACACAAAACCGAAACGAUGGACGUGGAAGUCGAGAUGCAUGAAGACCCAACAAUUGCAGAGAAGAGUGAACCCGAGGAAGAGCCAGCAUCGUCUUUGCCGAUCAAAGAUGAGGAACGCGUAAAAAUUACAGACGAGGAUCGUCUAAUCAAGGAGUUUUUCUCCCUGAAGUGCGAUACGUGUUCGGAGUCGUUUGAAACCUUCAAGCAGCUGAAGACGCAUGCAAAGAAGGUUCACAACACACAAGCGGUGCUGCAAUGUUGCAACAAAAGUUUUUCCUUCAAACGGAAAAUGCUUUUCCACAUCAAUAAUCAUUUGAAGCCGUGCAAAUGUGACGAGUGUGGCAAGGGUUUCCCGGACAACCAAACCCUGAAAGUUCAUUACAGCGCCAGGCAUAUGAGCAGCGAAGAGAAACCAUUCAAAUGCGAGAAAUGCGCUCGAUCUUUCCAAACGGAACAAAUCCUCCGGACACAUCUUCGACGACACGACCAGAUGGACUGUCCAAUUUGUAAAAGGAGCCUUUCGAACAUGUUCACUUUGAAGAACCACAUGGCGGUAGUACACAACGACGAGAGGAAGUUCAUGUGCGACGUUUGCGGUAAGGAUUUCAAAUACCGUGGAGGUCUGGACUCGCACAGACUGAUGCACACGGGACUGAAACGAGAGGACGGAGCCCGGUGCGAGAUCUGUCACACGUGGAUCAGCAGGAAGAAGCAACUCCGAAGACACAUGAUCGAGAUACACCAGGCGAAGGAGGUCACCUGCGACAUUUGCCACAAGGUUUACCCGAAUGAGAAAUCCUUGACCACACACAAGGGUCGAGUGCACGUGGAGGACAAAUUCGAGUGCGAGAUCUGUGGGAAACGGUUCAAGCGGAAUGUCUACUUGAAGGAACACCGCGCGACCCACACGGGUCAGAAGCUGUACUCGUGCGAAUUUUGCGGCAUGGAGAUGAACUCGAAUGCGAAUUUGUACUCGCACAAAAAGAACAAGCAUCCAGAAGAGUGGCUGCAGGCCAAGCAGAAAGCGGCAAAGUUUACAGACUAAGGCGACAGGGCUUUAG